UCUAUAAAUACCCUUUUCCUUUCGCUUCUCUCCUUGUUUAAUUUUAGCUUUUUAGGUUCUUCUUCUUCUUCGGUGAGAGUUAGAGAGAGAGAGAGAGAGAGAGAAGGCUCUUUUUUUCUUUUUUGUUGGUUUCUCUUGUUUUUUUUUUGUAGGUACUGAGGAAGAAAGACCAAAACUUUAUCCGCUUGCUUCACUUAGCUCAAGAGCGUACAAUUCAGGCAAAGGCCUUGAAGUCGGAGUGUGUGUUAAGGAUUUCUUAGGAGUUGCUUCUGUCUUGACUGAAGAAAUGGAGGUAUAUGGCAAAUCUAUGGUUGCAGGUCCUGCAAAUGUUAUUUUUCUGUCAAGUAUUUUGGGCCAAGAAGGUCCAGUUCCCGGUCACAAAUGCGACUGGAAAUGUCAAAAUGAACAUGUUUGUGGAAACAUGUAUCGCUGCAAGCUAACUGGGCUGACUCACAUCUGUGAUAAAAACUGUAACCAGAGAAUUCUGUAUGACAACCAUAGCUCCCUUUGUCGAGCUAGUGGUCAAAUUUUCCCCCUUUCACCUGCAGAGGAACAGGCAGUGAGAGGCGUACGAAGGAAGCUUGAUGCGGAGAAUUCGCCUUCCGAAAGCUGUGGUUUUAAGCGUAGACGGGGGGAUGCCCAAAUCCAUCCUUCUCCUUUUGAGAGAUCUUUCUCUGCUGUCAGCCCUAUCUGCAGCCAAGUUGGAGAUGGCAUGGAUAUGAGCUAGAUAUAUAUUAUUUAACUGGAAAAACUCUAUCAUUUCACUUGUGCUUUUUUUCUCCCUUUUUCUAUCAGAUGAGUAUGAAUAACAGAACCUGAACAAUUAUGGUUUCGUAUUGAUGGACAUGUAUGUUCAUCUAUUGUAGGAACUCCUUAUAUUUCUAGUAUGAAUGUAAUGUAGUGCUUAAUGUAGCUUGACUGUUGAAUGGGGAUUUGAGCAGGCUUUAUUUAGUAUUCAGAUAGUUAUGAAAUCAAAAUUGACUUCAGUUUAUUGCUAACCUUGGUGAGAAGCAGACUGUUGUAGCUGGAUUUUGAAUGCUGCACUAUGAAUCAAUGAUGUACUUAACUGUUAACAUUUUCUAGCCAACCUGUCAGGUUUCUAGUGUUUUUGUACGGCGCUAUUCGAGUAUUAGUGUACUCAUUACUAAGACUAGUGCUGUUAAGUUGUAUUAUUUUACUCCUUUAUUUCCCUCAAUUCCACGAGAACAGCUCAUGAUUAUCGAUCUUAUCUCUUAGGCUUUCAGGGUUAUGUUGAUUGCCUUGACUUCUGUAAGCUCAGGUUCUCUCCAGUUCCUCACAUGGACAAAAUUGUGCAUGUGAAAACUAAUUUUUAAUUUUGCUGCCUAAUUUUUUCUUGAUCUUUUGCAGGCUCAACAAAUAUGAUAGUUCACAUUUUCAUUAAUUUAUCUUUUGAUUAUCUUAUUCAUUCCAUGAGUUAACUGAUGUCUGGCUGUCUGAGUUUAAUGUGACUUGUGCAGGUUUUGAAGCAUGUGCUAGCAAGGAGCAUUCAAAACAUUUGUGUUGCAAUACUGAAUAACAUUUUAACAUGGAUUUGCUCUAAUACUAGAAGAUGAAAUAUUGAUACUUCUCGUUUUCUUGUAGGUAUAAGCUUAGCUGUUCAUGCUCAAAUAUACCACUUCUGAAUUUUAGGCAACAAUUUAUGUGGCUGUAAGAACAUCGAGUUAUGAUGAGACUUAGCAGCUGGUACCUGGUAUGGAGUAGAUGUAACAGUUGAGGAAAGGACAGUUAUGAUGCUCUCAACAAGUUUUGGUGGAUGAUCAAGACACACUAGGAAAAGUUGAAAAAGUUUGCAUACCCAAUUUCGAUAUAGUUUGAAUUUUGAAGUAUAAGACCAAAUGAAUUUGUCUUCCACUGUAAGAGCCUGUGGACAGUGGCAAUGAUUGAACAAAUAAAAGUGACCUGUCCUGGGAUAUUGACUGGUGACGAUUAUCAGCAUUGUCUAUGACUCCAGCCUGCAUACAUUUCCCUCUUUAUUGGAGGAUUGAAAGUGAUUUUCCCUUGAAAGUAAACUCUCCUAAGCCUUGAUAAUGUUUUUUUGCCAGUUUUUUGCUUUUGUAUUCAAGGCAGAUGUAAGUUUGUAUCAAUGCCGGAGGUUUGUAACUUGUAAGAAUAUCUCUUGUUUCUAUUCUUUUGACAUUUUGUAUCACACCUUCAUUAAUGAAAUUUGGAAUAGUCAAGUUUUAUACAAGCUAUUCAAAG